AUGACUAUCGAGGCGGUGUCCGACAGCCCCUCGGCCGCGAAGCUCGCCUCCUUUGCCUCGACGAUCAAUCAGGCAGUACUGGAAUACUCGCAAGCUACAACAGAGUCGGAUAGGAUGUCAGCUUUACGAGAGGUCGAGGUCACCUCUCAAAAGCUAGCACACAGCAUUCACGCUGGAAGAAUUGACAAAGAGAGCAAGGGCGGACCAGAGCUUACGAGACGCAUUGUGCGUGCUCUGGGAGCGAUGGACAUCUUUGAAGAGGUGGGAGAGGAAAUCUACCAGCAAACCGCGUUAUCCCGAGAGUGGAACAACAAGUUCAUGCAAUCAUAUACUCGAUAUUCAUGGGACAAUGUGAUGAAAACUCUGUGCUCAUACGUCGAUUUCUUCAACUUUACGGGUUUCGUGAGCCCGUCUGAUCCAAUGAACUCGCCUUUUGCAUUUGCAAAGGGGGUCAAAGAUAUCGACUUCUUCAAUCUACUUCAACAAGAUCCUAAAGCUGCAAAGACCUUCAACGAAGCCAUGACAAGCUUCAAGGAUCCAUUGGGCGAUUUAUAUGACUUCGGCAGCCUAUCAGCAGGAAAAGAUGGCGUCGUCUUGGUCGACAUUGGCGGAGGCAAAGGCCAAAGCAUCCAAAGCAUAUGCGCCGCACACCCAGACCUCAAGGGCAAAUUUAUCCUCCAGGAUCUCCCAGGUGUUGUUACAGCUGGGGAUACAGUAUGCUCUCCAGACGUUGAAGUCCAACCAUAUAACUUUUUCAAACAAGUACAACCUGUCAAAGGAGCUGCCGCAUACCUUCUCAAGCUCAUCUUGCAUGACUGGCCAGAUGCUGAGUGUCGGACGAUUCUCCGCAACUUGGCACCAGCAAUGAGAGGUCACAAUUCAGUACUCUUGAUCUGCGACAUUGUCCUAUCAGACUCUCGUCCAGACCUUCAAAAACUCCUUUAUGACAUAAACAUGUCCUUCGUGGCGGGUAAAGAGCGGAGUGUAAAGCAAUGGCACGCCCUUCUAGAAGGUACUGGAUUCCGGAUUCAAAGAAUUUUUGGGGCAGACAACCCUGUUCGCAGCAUCAUUGAAGUUGUUAUAGAUGGAUAG